AUGGCUGAGGUGAAAGGUAGUCGCAUCAAUGCAAAGAAACGAGCGAAUAAUAAGAGUCAACGAGAGAUUCCAGAGUACUCCGAUCCAUUGAUUCCGGAAUCUUCUCAUAAGCUUGAGGAAGAAAAGCGUAAUCGCGAUUAUGAUUCAAUGGUUGACAAAGAGACAAAUGAUGCAGAAAAAGUCGAACCGAAGAAACUCAAAUACAUCUCUAAGGAGAUGGACGACGAAAUAGAGCAGGGCUUUAGUGAUUGGGGUGGGCAAAUUUCACAGGAUGAGUUAAAGUUCAGAUUUCGAGACGCCGUGAAGAGAAGUACUUUGAGAGAAAUUGAGAGCUUGAUCAUCGAGAGCGAAGAGUUGAACUGUGAGGUCCGAAGACUUAGAGGGACAAUGAAUGAUGUGCAGGUGCUUUUAGAAGAAGUUGAGAAUGGCGAAUUGGAUGCCAGGGACAAAGAUACUUGGCUUGAGGCUUGUAGAAACAUACUGAAAAGUUGCAGUGCGCGGCCAUCCAAGUAG